AUGAUGAAGCAGGUGAGGGAGGGAGCCCUGAAUGGUGGGGCGUUAGCGGAUGACACCGAGGAUGUCUCCCUCGACUUUGGAAACGAAGAGGAGCUGGCUUUGCGGAAAGCAAAAAUCAGGCACCCGCUGGCCACCUUCUUCCACCUCUUCUUCCGUGUGAGCGCCAUCGUGACCUACGUGUUCUGCGACUGGUUCAGCAAAAGCUUCAUCGCCUGCUUCGUCGUCACCCUCCUCCUCCUCUCCUUCGACUUCUGGUCCGUGAAGAACGUCACUGGAAGGCUCCUGGUGGGCUUGCGAUGGUGGAACCAGAUCGAUGAGGACGGGAAAAGCCACUGGGUAUAUGAAGCAAAGAAGGUCCCUCCCAACGUAGCUGCCCCGACGGAGGUGGAAGCGCGGAUAUUCUGGCUGGGACUGAUUAUCUGCCCGGCGAUCUGGACUCUCUUCUUCUUCAGCACCUUGUUCUCGCUGAAGCUGAAGUGGCUGGCCCUUGUGAUAGCCGGCAUCUGCCUGCAAGCCGCCAACCUCUACGGCUACAUCCACUGCAAGCUCGGGGGAUCUCAAGCCAGGCACAAGGCCGCCUCGCGGUUUCCGGCACAGGAGAUGUUCCCGCGGGUGAGUUGCUCGGGCACCGUCCCAGGCGCGGAGGGGCCGGGGAGGCUGCCGCUGUUCCAUACCAGUCCGAGAUCCCCGGUUGCAGAGCAGGGAGCCGCCUGGCUCCGCAUCAGGCCCGUGGCCCACCCAGCCCGCAGCCAAGCUGGCGCGCAGACGGGCAGCAGCGGCGGCCCUCCAGGGGCCUCAGGCGGGACGGAAUGUGGGGCCCUCUGCCUGCCACUCCAGGGCUGCCCAGCCGGCCAGCAGCGGGCGGUAUCUGCCAGCAUCCACUGGACUUUCGACAUUUGGCGGUCAUAA